AUGGCAGCAAAGGCAGCAUCAUCAGGAACUACCAUGCCUUGGUCUUGUCAUCUAGUGUACGCAAGAUACUGGCAACAUUAUCACCAAGCAAUGGCUUGGAUGCGGAGCCACCAGAACGCCUAUCGGAAGGCCGUCAAGUCUUAUUUCAGUUCUCCACGGUACUUCACUCUGGGAGAUCUGCCCCAGAGCUUUCAUGCUAAGAAGGGCGGAUCUCCUCAGUCCUUCUGUGACCAUCACUUGGCCUCCCAGGGCUCCCACUGUGGUUAUUCACAUUCUCCAAGGUCUGGGCACCAUCCUCAUGACAGCACCAGCGAAAUCCAUUCUUGGUCCACAGAGGAGGCGACGGAGACUGACUCAGAUGCUGGGGAGCAGGACGACCUGAGCAGCAUGGGGAUCACGGAGGAGCUCCGCCAGUACUUUGCGGAGACGGAGAGGCACAGGGAAGAGCGGCGGCGGCAGCAGCACCUGGACGCGCAGCGUCUGGAAGACUAUGUGGACGCCGACCACGACCUGUAUUACAAGACGGGCCGCUCCAUGGAACCCCCCUCCGAGAGCCCCCGCGAGCGGCGCCAGGCCGAGAUGAAGCGCCUGUACGGGGACAGCGCGGCCAAGAUCCAGGCCAUGGAGGCCGCAGUGCAGCUGAGCUUUAACAAAUACUUUGACCGGAAGCAGCCCAAGUACUGGCCGGUCAUCCCCCUCAAGUUUUGA